AGAAGCGGAGAAGCAUCCUGUUACGGAAACCUCGGAGUGCUCCUUCAGUCGCUCGGGGAAUGCGACAAGGCUAAAGAGUAUCUCCAAAAAGCGCUCGUCAUCACAACUGAAAUUGGCGACAGAGAAGGGGAAGCAUCAUGUUAUGGAAACCUAGGUACUGUGUUUCUGUCGCUCGGCCAAUACGACAAGGCUAAAGAGUAUCUCCAAAAAGCGCUCGUCAUCAGAACUGAAACUGGCGACAGAGAAGGAGAGGCAACUGACUGCGAAAACCUAGGUACUGUGUUUCUGUCGCUCGGCCAAUACGACAAGGCUAAAGAGUAUCUCCAAGAAGCGCUUGUCAUCAGAACUAAAAUUGGCGACAGAAAUGGGGAAGCAACAUGUUAUGGAAACCUAGGUGCUGUGUUUAAGUCGCUCGGCCAAUACGACACGGCUAAAGAGUAUCUCCAAAAAGCGCUUGUCAUCAAAACUGAAACUGGCGACAGAGAAGGGGAAGCAUCAUGUUAUGGAAACCUAGGUACUGUGUUUCUGUCGCUCGACCAAUACGACAAGGCUAAAGAGUAUCUCCAAAAAGCGCUUGUCAUCAGAACUGAAAUUGGCGACAGAAAUGGGGAGGCAUCAUGUUAUGGAAACCUAGGUAUUGUGUUUGAGUCGCUUGGCCAAUACGACAUGGCUAAAGAGUAUCUCCAAAAAGCGCUUGUCAUCAAAACGGAAAUUGGCGACAGAAAAGGGGAAGCAGCAUGUUAUGGAAACCUAGGUACUGUGUUCGAGUCGCUCAACCAAUACGAGAAGGCUAAAGAGUAUUUCCAAAAAGCGUUUGUCAUCACAACUGAAAUUGGCGACAGAAAAGGGGAAGCAUCAUGUCAUGGAAAUCUAGGUACUGUAUUUUUAGCGCUCGGCCAAUACGACAAGGCUAAAGAGUAUCUCCAAAAAGCGCUUGUCAUCAGAACUGAAAUUGGCGACAGAGAAGGAGAGGCAACUGACUGCGAAAACCUAGGUACUGUGUUUCUGUCGCUCGGCCAAUACGACAAGGCUAAAGAGUAUCUCCAAGAAGCGCUUGUCAUCAGAACUGAAAUUGGCGACAGAAAUGGGGAAGCAACAUGUUAUGGAAACCUAGGUGCUGUGUUUAAGUCGCUCGGCCAAUACGACACGGCUAAAGAGUAUCUCCAAAAAGCGCUUGUCAUCAAAACUAAAAUUGGGGACAGAAAAGGGGAAGCAUCAUGUCAUGGAAAUCUAGGUACUGUGUUUCUGUCGCUCGGCCAAUACGACAAGGCUAAAGAGUAUCUCCAAAAAGCGCUUGUCAUCAGAACUGAAAUUGGCGACAGAAAAGGAGAGGCGACUGACUACGGGAACCUAGGUACUGUGUUUGAGUUGCUCAACCAAUACGACAAGGCUAAAGAGUAUCUCCAAAAAGCGCUUGUCAUCACAACUGAAAUUGGCGACAGAAAUGGGGAAGCAUCAUGUUAUGGAAACCUAGGUACUGUGUUUCUGUCGCUCAACCAAUACGACGAGGCUAAAGAGUAUCUCCAAAAAGCGCUUGUCAUCAAAACUGAAACUGGCGACAGAGAAGGGGAAGCAUCAUGUUAUGGAAACCUAGGUACUGUGUUUCUGUCGCUCGGCCAAUACGACAAGGCUGAAGAGUAUCUCCAAAAAGCGCUUGUCAUCAGAACUGAAAUUGGCGACAGAAGAGGAGAGGCGACUGACUACGGAAACCUAGGUAAUUUGUUUGAGUCGACUGGGCAAUACGACAAGGCUAGAGAGUAUCUCCAGAAAGCGCUUGACAUCAAAACUGAAAUUGGCGACAGAGAUGGGGAAGCAUCAUGUUAUGGAAACCUAGGUAAUUUGUUUAAUUCGAUCACCCAAUACGAUGAGGCUAAAGAGUAUCUCCAAAAAGCGCUUGUCAUCAGAACUGAAAUUGGGGACAGAGGAGGAGAGGCGACUGACUACGGAAACCUAGGCAAUUUGUUUAGGUCGAUUGGGCAAUACGACAAGGCUAAAGAGUAUCACCAAAAAGCGCUUGUCAUCAAGACUCAGAUUGGCGACAGAAAAGGGGAAGCAUCAUAUUACGGAAACCUAGGUAAUGUGUUUCUGUCGCUCGGGCAAUACGAUGAAGCUAAAGAACAUUUCCAAGAAGCACUUGCCAUCACAACUGAAAUUGGCGAUAAGGCAGGGGAAGCAGCAGAUCUUUCAAACCUUGGAAGGUUGUCUCUAACUGUUGGAGAUUAUGAAGCUUCAAAAGUAUGGUUGGAGAAAGCUUUAUUCAUAUCAAGAGAUAUUGGAGAUCGAGGGAGAGAGUUCGAAAUCCUUAAAGAUUAUGCCCUUUUGUAUUUAUGUCAAAAUAAAAUCAAAGACGCCCUUUCGUUUCUUCAUCUAUGCAUUGAAAAGUAUGAUAAGCUGAGAUAUUUCUUGGGCGCCAGUGAUCGGUUCAAAACAUCAUUUCUGGAACACUCAGGAAUAUUUCCUUACAAGCUGCUUAGUACUCUGCUUUGUGACACCGGAAAUGCUCGGAAUGCUCUGUAUGUUGAGGAGUUGGGUCGAGCUAGAGGUCUAUCAGACUUGAUGGCAGAGAAGUAUUCGGUUGAAACGCACAUCUCUGCUAAUCCACAGUCUUGGUUUGGCAUUGAGAACAUUUUAAGAAAGAAAAAUAACUGUACUUGUCUGUACAUUUCUUAUUUUAGGAAUCAUCUGCAUUUGUGGAUCUUGAAAACAACUGGAGUCCUUCACUGUAGAAAAAUAUCACCAAAAGAGAAUCUAGUUCAGGCUGGGCUGCCCAAAGAUUUGUCUUUGAGUCAAUUUUUGGAUGAUAAUUUCCGGAGUCUUGGUAUUUUGCCCACCAAAGAUUGUGAAGAUCGGUCUUUAAAUACGAUUAAAUUGCAACCUCUCUCCCCCGCACAAAAGAGCUCAGCAAGAUUGCGACUCCUGGAGGAGGACGAGGACAAGGACAAGGACAAGGACAAGGACAAGGACAAGGACAAGGAAGUCAUUUCAAGUCUAUCUUUGUGUUACAAAAUGUUUAUUGCUCCCGUUUAUGAUUUGCUUGAGGAGCCUGAAGUCAUCAUCGUUCCUGACCGCAGAUUGUACAAAGUUCCCUUUGCUGCACUGAGUGAAAAGGAGGGAGCCGAAUACCUCUCGGAGACUCAUAGGAUCCGUGUCAUUCCAUCUUUGACAACACUCAAGAUGAUUCAAGAUAGUCCAGAGGACUAUCACAGCAACACUGGUGCCUUGAUAAUAGGCAAUCCCAAGGUUUAUUGGCUGCCGCCAUUGCCAGGUGCAAGAAAGGAAGCGGAGAUGGUCGGACGGCUAGUGGGUGUUCCGCCUCUGGCUGAAGAGGAAGCAACGAAGCAGGCGGUACUUGAGCGGAUAAGUUCAGUGAGCCUGAUACAUUUUGCUGCCCAUGGUAGUGCCGAAAGAGGAGAAAUUGCCCUCUCCCCCAUUCCUACUCCCAAUAAUCAAAACGCUAUCCCACCCCCGGAAGCCCACAUGUUGACGAUGGCUGAUGUCUCACGAGUGAAAGUUAGAGCUAAACUGGUGGUACUUAGCUGCUGUCACAGUGGAAGUGGAGAGAUAAGAGCCGAGGGAGUUAUCGGAAUUGCCCGUGCGUUCUUAGGAUCCGGUGCUCGCUCGGUGUUGGUUGCGCUGUGGGCCAUUCCAGACUCAGCAACAGAGCAGCUGAUGAGUCGGUUCUACGAACACCUCGUUAAAGGAGAAAGUGCCAGUGAAUCCCUUCAUCAGGCCACGAAAUGGAUGAGAAAAAACGGCUUGACCAAAAUGUCUGAGUGGGCUUCGUUUACGCUGAUUGGAGAUGAUGUGAGACUCGAGUUUGACAAGCAGAGGUAA